UCAUUUGUUGAAAAUGGAGGCGUGAAGGAAGGCUUUUUGUCGGAAAACUCGGAUUUCAUGUUAGCGGUUGUGGGGAUAUCCAUGUGAGUAGAAGCAUUUUGAUAUAUCCAUAGUCUUCGGCGACUCAUAAAACGUAAGACUUCUGUGUUAAAAUACCAUUCAAAGUUGUGUUAGCUUUGAAAUUCAAGGGAGAGACUAUCGGUAGGUAUAGUUCAUGGUUUUACCAUGCUCGAUUCAAGUAUCAGAUUUCGAUAUGGCUGGGACUAAAAUUAACACGAAGGCACGAAAAGAUGAUAGGACCAAAGGAAAUAAAACUUUAAACAGUAAUACUGAAGACACUGAAGAUCAUGACUUUUCUUUGCUAAGAAAACCUGUGUUAACCAGUAUCACAGGAUUUGCUCAAGCAAGGAAAAUAUUUGAUUUCGCUACAGAAGAAUUAAAGAGUCUUCUAGCCAAUGAAUGUGAUUUACUAUAUGAGUGCAAAGUAUGUCGCAAUAUAUUCCGAAGUUUGGCGAAUUUCAUAUCUCACAAACGCGUUUACUGUAAAGAGAAAUUUAACUCAUCAGUUCACAGUCAUUUUUCCAAAAAUAAUUCAGCAGCAAAUGAAAUGUUAAAAAUAAAGCAGGUGGAAGAAGCUUAUCAAGAUUCCUUGAAAGUUACCGACUUGGUGUCCGAUGAGAAUGAAGACCGGAUUCCUCUUACAAAAGACUUGACCGGAAUAAUGGAAAAACUUACAAAAAUCAAGGGCAGAUACAGUUUUGAUGAACAGCAAGUAACAUUACAGAAAAUACCAAACAGUUCUGUAGCAGUCUUUCAGAGUCAUUACGAAGAGAACAAAUAUGACAAUAUGCUUGCUCAAGUCCAGGAAAUAGACAACAUAAUAUCAAGAGACAAUGCAGUCCUACAACGUGACGGGUCAUUCAAUGUGCAAAGUUCACUGAAUGCUGACAAGACCGAAGACUCGGACAAUGUCAUACAAAUUAGUGAUGACGAGGAUAGUGAUGAGGACGGCGUGCCGAAAUGCAAGAUAUGCGACAUGCAGUUCUCUACGCAGAAGACCCUGAAGUUCCACAUGAAGUACAAGCACCUGGAGAACCGGCUGGUGUUCCCGUGUCCUGAUUGUCUUGAGAUAUUCUCCACCUCAUGGAGCGUUUACCGACAUCUUUUCAAAGUACACAGAAAAUCAGCAGCACAGAUCAGAAGGCUGAGAGAUGCCAUCCAAGCGAAAGCUUUUAGGAUGAACAACCCUCCGGCUUUUUAUGAGAAAAAGAAGAAUUCCAAACCGAUUACACCGCAAAAGAUUUCUGAAGAAGAGAGAUUAGAUCAGGAGAAUCAGGCAUGGAUGGACAACAUGGAGGGCGACGGCGAGUUGCCUCGCUGCGGCGGGUGCGGGCGCACGUUCGAGCGCCGCGCCGCGCUCGCCGCGCACACGCACACCUGCCAGCCGCGCUGCCGCGCCCUGGCGCGCCGGCCCGACGCCAAGCGCAUCGAGAUACAGAUCCGCAAGGACUACCACAAGGGGCCCACCGGCAACCCGCUCAAGGACACGGAAAACAAACAAACCGACGAGGAAAAUCAAAAUUUGGCUAAAGCACCGGAGAAUGACGCGGAAUCUACUGAGAAAACUCCCGUUCCGGUUGAAAAGGAUGUUGAAACGGAGGAAAAAGGCACCGACCCAAUUCCCAACCGGAUUGUGAAAGACGGUGAAACCGAAGUUAUACCUACACAAAAGAAGCCCGAAGCCCGUGAAAAUGUCCUGGAAGAAGCCACUAUGGAUAUAAUCGAUGACAGAUCCAGUGACAGCAUAGAGUCCCCUGAAAAAAUAGUCAAACCGCAGACGGAAAAGAAGACCAAGCUCAGACUUCCAUUCGCGCAUCAAGCUGAGAAAAGUAACCUGGCCGCUUUCAAGCAAAGAUUGCGAGGGGACGUGGAUAUGGAUAAGCUACUCUGUAAGAAAUGUGACGCAAAGCACACGCGAGCACAAGAGUUACACGAGCACAUGGCCGGCCACUACAAAUGGAUGCGCUACGCUUGCAAACUAUGCAACUUCAAGAACUAUGACUUCGAAAAACUGCCCGAGCACGUGAAAGUUGUUCAUAAACUGAAAGGCGAUUCAGAUUUCUACUUCAGCACAGUGAAGGCGCUCGACGGUCCCGAGGCUACAGAGCUGGCGGAGCCGGUCGAGGAAAGUGAUGUGCAUGAAGAUGGUGCGGAGUGGCGGCGGCCGAGCCGGUGCUCGAGCGACGACAGCUCGUCGAGCAGCACGCGCGAGGUGGGCGCCCGGAAACGGAAGAUGUACCACAAUAGGAGUGGUGGCAAGAAGAGGAAGGAGAAUGGUGAAUCAGACAAUAUCAAGGAGGAAGGUACAGACAGUACAAAUAACAUCGAGGGUAGUGAAUCACCGUCAAAUGUUAAAGCGUUUGAAGAAAAUUCGUCUGACAUAGACGACCUUGAAGAGAAACUCGCAAAGCAGGCCAACAAAGGACAAACUUCUGCCUAUGUGUCGCGGAGACCUGUCCGUAACAAGACUAAACCAAAGAAUAAAGACUUUGAAUACGAUUUAUCAAACCUCUUGAAAAUGGAAGCGCAAGGUUACAGGGACUCUCAGAUUGUCACACCAGUAAAGCCCAUACAAACCAAGAAAAAGCUACUACAAGAACUACAAAGUAAUUACGAUAAUAUAAAUAAAGAACAUGUUGGUGCUUUAGCGUUGCUCUCAAAGAAAGCAGUUGAUAGGGCUGCAGCUGAAUUGAAAACUACUAACUUCGGCCCUCCAAUAUUUAAUGUUCAAAAGGAGUUUAGACUCUCCAAUGUAUUUGCCAGACCCAUGAUACCUAAAGGGUCGAGAGGAGACAAAAUAUCGCCGAGAAAGGACAUAACGGAAGACACAGUAAAAGAUGGUCCAAGCUUAAAUAAAAUGCCGAAAAUACAGGACACUUUCUCUGUUAAAGAUUUAAAAAGUAACAAGAUAGCCGAAGAGUUGACAAAUAACAGCAAAGCAGAUGCUAAAUCAUCCAUAAGCAUACCUAACGACAAACCUAGUAUUGAUAAUGAACAACCUGUUAACUCUGAACAAAAUGAAAGCGUAAAAGCAGUUAAUAUACCCGCAGUAAACAUUCCUAUAAAAUUCCGCCGACAAAGUUUGGAAGUCAUGAAGAAUCCUAUUAUAAACAAAAACAUUUCAGACUUCUCCAAAGCAGGAAUGAAAACUAAAAUUCUCCUCAUAAAACCUAUCAAUAGGAACAAAGAUGGAGUUUCUGUUACUACUCCACUGAAGUUUCAAACUAUAAAAUUAAAGGAGCAAAAUAAGGGUACAACUUCCAAUGAAGAAAAUUCUAAUGACCAAAUAGUUGUGGUAAAGGUUCCCAAAGUUGAACGAAGUAUUUCACGGAAUGUACCUGAUAACAAUGUGAACAAUAGUAAAAUAAUAGUUCAGGCUCUUAGACCAGAGACUGCAAAUGACACGGAAGCUAAAAUAUCCUGCCCUGCUUACGCGAGUGAGAUUACUACCAAGAAACGAGAAAUAAACAAUGCUGAAACGAAUGCUAGUUGUAACAGCAAUAGUGUGGAUAAAAUUAAUUCUAACAAUAACAUUGAUAUAGAUAGUAGUAGUUCUAACGUUACUAAAUCUCUCCCAGACUGUGGAGACAUUUCAGAAACGACUAAAAAUAUUGAAAAAGAUGGUUGUGUUAAUCAAGUAAGUAGCAAUAUGCCUGAGCCCAUGGAUAUCCAGGAGAUAGAUAAUACUACUCCUAAUGCUGUUGUGGAAUCAGAUAAUGUUAAGGAUAUUCAUUCAAAUUCCACUUGUAGUCUUCAAGAAUCACCAGUAAUUCAGAAACCGGAUACUGAUUUGGUAGGUUUAAGUCUUGGAUCGUGUACCUCGUCUAAUAAUGCCAUAAGUCUUCAAGAAUCUGGUAGUACGGAUUCUACAAUGUCAAAUGACACUGCAUCCUAA